AGUGUAAUUGGGCAGAAGCCUCAUGUGUGUAAGCAAUAAGAUUUCAAAUUAGAGUAAACUAGUAUGUGACUUUAGGUAAAAUGUUUGCCUUUCCUAAUCCAUGUUCAAAGGAGAGUUGUGAGCCCAGUUCUGUUUACUCUGAAUAUCUUGCACUACCUAAACUUGCAUUAUACCUUACAGAAACAUUCAAGAGCUCUAAGACUCCAGCAGAGAUGAAGGAGUUACCUGUAUUGCAGGAGUCUUCUGAUGCAGUCAAGUUAGGUGCAGGUCUCGAGCUGUGUCAUCAUACAGCUGAAGACUGCAGGCAGAUGGAGCAUUCCUUGCAAAGUUGUGUCAUGGAAGCUGUGAAGAUUGAGCCUCGUGACAAGCAGCAAUCAAACUGUGACUCGGGACUCCCAGCUGGCUUCCUUGAAGUGGAGAAAGAGGAACCUUUCUUCAUGGAAGAAGACAGUGCUACAGUUGCCGACUUCAAACCGUUCCAAUUUCCAUUCCUGGGCUUGGAUUCUCUCAAGGCAGAGCCUGUCGAGGCUGGGGCAUCUCCAUCCAUCCCCCAGGUUCCUCCUGCAAACCAAGAACUCCCAACAAGGGCAGGAAUCUUUACCGCUGUUCAAAAAGCCUCUGAGACUGCCUGCUUAGCCUCUACUUCUCUGGAGGUGCACAAUUGUGGUGCUUCAAUGGCUCUUCCGCCUUCAGAAACUUCAACUUCCAAGGGGAAGAGUCAAACAAAUGAAAUGAAAAUCUCAUCCACUGAACAAGAAGCUGGUGAAGCUCGCUCGCCUAAUAAUGGCCGCCUUCCUCCUACUACAGCACCAUCAGUAAAUUGUAACGUUCUCAGCUACAAUGGAACGAGAACUGUCCCUGCAACGCUGGAGGCUUCUUUUAAGGCAAAAGAGGCGCACAAUUCUGUGGAUUUGGGACGUUCUAAGCAUCUUCGCAUCAAAUUAAAAAAAUGCAGUGUACUACUGACUCGCAUUCAUGUUUCUGAAAAUUACAAAUACGUUUACGAUGAAGAAAAUGAAAAUAAUAUUUGCUCAGAAGAAAUAGCAUUUCCAGAGCCUCAUCCUGAUCAGGGGAGCAAAGAUUCAGAGCAACCUGAAAUGCGCAGUGAAAAAGUGGGCAAAAGUGGAGGACCAAAUUCAAGUAAAGAAAAUAAGAUAAACUUUUCUAAAAAUACUGAUAGUCUGCGAAGGACAUCCUUCAAUCGUUCUAAGCGUCUAAAUGCUUCCAUGAAGGAGGCAAUUUCUUCCACAACCUCCCACGUACGUCGUAACAAAGAGAAGGCUCUCAAGUGUCAUGUCUGUGGCGUAGCUUUCCGCUUUAAAUGUGAUCUUGACCGACAUAUCAACGCAUUUCAUCUUAAAUUGAGGCCCUACAAGUGCUCUAAGUGCGAUUAUGCCUCCAGUCAGGUUUCUCGUUUACAAACCCAUUUGAACACAGUGCAUGCAAAGCUGAAGCCAUUCAAGUGCGAUGAGUGCGACAGCUACUUUUCUCGGAAAGGUGAUCUAAAAGCUCACAUUUCCAGGGUGCACCUCAAAGACAGACCGCACUCGUGCCCGCACUGUUCCUAUUCCGUGUGGUCGAAAGCAGGACUAGCUAGGCAUAUCUCUAUCGUUCACUUGAAGCUGAAGCCUCACAAGUGUCCUCAAUGUGACCACAGUUGCAGCAGUAAAAGGAAUCUUGAUUAUCAUGUUAAUAGUGUUCAUUUAAAAUUACGGCCUCACAAGUGCCAGACGUGCAAACGUGGGUUCUACCAGAAAACUAAGCUAGAACAGCACAUGAAAUCGGUGCACAUGAAUUUGAGGGAACACAAAUGUGCGGUAUGUGAUUACGCCGCAGGUUCUCGCGGGGUUCUCAAGAGACAUGUUGAUGUGGUGCAUCUGAAAAUGAAGAAAUACAAGUGCGAUGAGUGUGACAGCUACUUUUGUAUCAAAAGUAAUCUAACAGCUCACAUUUCCAAGGUGCACCUCAAAGAUGGUUUGUGAGUAAAGCGCCGCUGACAAGUCUGGGUUUUUAAGGCAUGUUGCGCGCGA